AUGGUUCAAGAUUUAAUAAUAAAUGCAUCUCUACCAUUUAACUUAGUGUCACAUGAAAAUUUUAAGGAUAUUAUUUCUAAAGGAUUUAAAGGUAGAAAUCUUAUGUGUCGCCAGACUCUUAUGCAAAAUAUUGACAAAAGUUUCAAUAUUCUGUUUGAUAAAUUGAAAAGUAAACUUAACUCAGUUGAACAUUUAACAACAACUGCUGAUGCAUGGUCAACAUUUAAAAGAUCUUAUUUGGGUAUAACUGUUCAUUGGAUUGAAGAAGGAAGUCUUGAACGAAAAUCUUACUUAUUAUCUAUUAAGCGACUGACAGGAAGUCACACUUAUGACAUAUUAGCCAGAUCUAUGGAAUCUGUCUAUACUUUGUUUAGCAUUAAUAACAAAAUUUUAUAUACAACAACAGAUAAUGGCAGCAAUUUUGUUAAAAGCUUUAAAGUAUUUGGUGCAAAAGACGAUGAUAUCAAUGCCUUGGAUGAGUUGAAUGAUACUCAAUCAGAUAAUAAGACAGCCACAAUGCUAUACAGCACCUUUAUUCCUGAUGAGGUUGAUGAUUUGGAUAAUUGUACUAUAAGAAAUGAAGAUGAAGAUAAUGAUUUUCAAGAUAUAUCCCAUUUUAAUAUUGCUGAAGUAUUUGAAGAGACAGAAGAUGAAGUAUAUAUGUUACCAAAACAUCAUAGAUGUGCAGCACACACUCUCAAAUUAAUUGCUACUAAUGAUAUUCGAAAAGCUAUUUCUGGUGCAAAAAAUGCAGUAUCCCCUCUGUGGAAAUAUAAGCAGCAAAGCAGAACAACCUUUGCAAAAUUAACCAAUCUUUGGAACAAGCAAAACCGAUCUAGUAAAAUUGCUGAUCUUAUAAAAAUUUGUUUUGGAGUAUACCUUCUCACUCCAACAGAAACUAGAUGGAAUUCAACUUAA